UUUCUCGUCUUGAAUUUAUUGAUUAUCUUUUCUCAUUGUUACAUUGUUUCAUUUAAUAUUUUACUAUUUCACUAUUUUGACAUGGUUUCUAUUUUGUUAUAUUGUUGAAAACUAAUCAUAAAAGCACAAUUACAAAAAAAAAGCAAAAAGGAAACAUAGUUCUCGUAGUGCCCACUCAUACACACUCUAAAUAACAUCAAUCGAACCAUUCUGAUCGCUUCUUCUUCGUCCUCAUACAUGCAGACAAUUGCACUGUGCUCUCUCUCAAGCGUGGAGAAUUGCGUGAAUCGUAUAGUAUGUCGAAACCACCAUAAAUCACUAUAGUAAUCAUCCUCAUCAUCGUCCUCGUCGUUUGUCGUCGUUUGUCGUCGCCGUCGUAGAGUUGUGCUUCAUCGUGUACCACCAAGCCCAUGCCAUGUUUCAUAUUCAUGUCGCAUUUAGUACGAAGGGAGGUGAGAAAAGCGAGCAAAUAGAACCAAAUUUCAAGCCAUCGGUAGCGCAAAUCGUGUUUAGGAUAUGCAGUGAAACGAGCACUCACUGAUCGUUUUUAAUUUUUUUUUUUUAAAUAAUACUGCUGAUAAAGGAAGCAAGCGAAAUUAGCGAACCAAACAAACCUUUCCAAGGGGAAUAGCUUUCACGAAUCGAGUUAGGCUUGCUAUAAACAUUACUGAUAGUGCGAAUGAUAGGCAACGUUUAUGCAUUCGUUAUUCUAUUAAAUAAAGGCGAAAAUUUGGCUUGGAUGCAAUGAUGCUCGAUGCAUGUUGUGAAGGGUAAUAUAAGUGAUAAGCUUGUUUAAUUUUUAUACGAUGCAACUAUUUGUUUCUUACUUUGCCUUUAAAUAUAAUUCACAUUCAUCUCUUUGAUUGUUUUCUAAUUUUAAAAUAUUGUUUUAUCAUUAAAUUUAUUUAUUGUGUUAGUAUUGAAAAUAUCUAAAUCAACAGCUAAUUAUAAAAAAAUGAGUAUUAAAAAAGAAUGAUCAGCUAAAAAUUGUGAUAAUUGAAAAAAAGAAAGAAAAACAGACAUGAAGCAAGAAAGUGGAGAAGAGCAAACAGACUAGUUAAAACAUGAUCUAACUUAAAAUAGAACCAAAAAAAAAACAAAAACGAAUCAAUAGUUGGUGCUGAAAAUAAAAACCCAAACGACAUUAGUAAAGUGAAACGAUACAUGAGAAAUGAGCUAGAAAAAGAAAAGUAUUAAUCGAAACACUAUUGCUUGCGCUGGGAGCAAAAAUUGAAAACGUGGCGCUGGAACCGUUCCGUGUCGUGAUGUCAUUUUCAUAUGCAGAUAAUAAUAAUAAUAACUAGUAACUACCCGGUACUACUUGGUCAGGAUAGCUUGUAGCGAUUUAACGAUUCAUGAUUGUGUAUUUGUGUAUGAAUGUGCAUACAAGCACUGGAAGUAGGUGCCAUGAUGCUUAUCGUUUGGUCCAGGUGAGGCUAAUGCAAAAAAAAAAAAAACAAAAAAACAAAAAAUACGAGAAAGGAUUAAGAACGUUCGAUAUUCCAGUGGUCAGAGUGGAAUUGGUGAGAGUUUUCGACCUUUGUUUGUGGCCUUCCUUUGGACCAGUUUCUCCGUUCGAGCAGUCGAAGUCGAUAGGCUAAAUCAAUGUUCGUAGUAAAUGUGUGAUUUCGGCUCGUUUUGCGUGUGGUGGAGUCAGCUAGUUGGUGCCUGGUAAGAAGUUGUGUUUAAGUACGUUUGAUUUGUGUAUUUUUCGUUCUCGCACAAUCUUUUCUUCUGCAAGAGGGUGUCAAUUCUGAUGAAAUGGAUCAAUGGCAAAAUCAUAUUCAAGCAGCAAAAGAUUUAUCAAACAAUUUGUACUGCUAAUGAAAAACACAUGGUUCAGUAUUCUAAAACGAUAAACGGAAACAAGCAAAUUUAUAUCAUUGUAGGACAGAGGGAAAGAUGUGAAAGCUUAAGGUAAGGAGCAAAUCAGAAGAAAGGGUAAAUUUUUACACAGAACACAGAACUGCGAACGACCAAAACUAAUAGUGAAAAGGGAAAAUGCAAGAAGUGCUCAGAAAAGAAUAGUGAUUUUUUUUAAAACAAAGAGAAAAAAAACCCGUUAGGCAGAACUGCAAUAGGAAAUGAAAAGUAAAUAAAGCAAAAUAAAACAGAAAACAAGAAAAAUAACACAUAUUUACAUUCAACAAAUAGAUGAAAAUCUAAAUGCCGGCGCAAAAGUCGAAACGAUAGAGAAAGCAAAGAGUGAGUGACACAACAGGCUGAAGGAUCAUAGAACCUAACAAACAAACAAAUUAACGGCACAUACAUAAAACUUUACACAGCAAUCUUUCAAAAGGCAUAGUUUUUAUUCUAUUUUUCUACGAAUGAUUUUUAUUUAUGAAAAAAUGAACAAACAAACAAACAAAUCACACCGAAAAAGGGUAUAAUAGCGAAAAACAAUUAGAAAGGCACUAAGAAAUCUCAGAAUGUUAAGGAAGCAAGGCAUAACACAAGGGGAGAAAAGGAACAAAGUUGACAGGCUGACUGCUGGAAUUGCUGGAAAUUUUGAAUGCAGGACAAAUCACACUGUUGUGAAGGGAAGCGAGCGACACUGCGAAGGAAGGACUAGGACCAGGGGGUGUAACGAAAUAAACUAAAUACCAAAUCAUAACAGCAUCUCUGGCGCAUGAUGUGUGUGUGUUGUGGGUGCGAUAAAACCCAGCAUUUUUUUUUUGCGAUUAGAAAUAUUACGGGUCUGUUAGCCCGUACCGAAACGAACGGGAGCAUAACUCACCUACUGUUGGCGUUGUAUUACCUACUACUGGCUUGACGAAGGAUGGUGGAAAAGAAAUCAAUCUCAUUAAAUUGAAAGCCUGGCGUGUGUCUGUGCCGGCAAACGUUUCAAAUUUGAAACGUGUGUUACACGAUGAACGUAAAUAGUAAAAAUGGAAAAAAGCUAACAUUUGAAAAUCGUCCAAAUUUGAAGCUAAAAAGGUUUUUUUAAGAAGAAAACAUCGCAAACUGUUGCAAUACAACAAAACAUUUGGGUUUAAUAUAGCUAGCAAAAAAAGAACAAAAAAAAAAACAAUGCGAUACACCAUAAAAACAAAUAAACCAAAACGUCAAUAUCUAUCAAACGAAAAACAGAAAAUAGCGCCAGAGAGGAAAACAGAAGAAGAGCAAAACACACACAAAAGCACUGGAAAGAUGACCAUUUUAGCCACCGAUGAAAGAGAAAAAAGAAAAUAAAGAAAAAUAAUGGAACGAAAGGAGAAGAAAAACACGAAAAAAAAAGAAUUAAAAAAAAGAACACCCGAGACAUGCGAGACAGCAUAAAACAGCGUUUACUUAUAUAUAAACCUAAUCAAUUUAAUGCAAACAUGAUAAUAAUAUAAGGUGAAAAAUAAACCGUAAACGUAAAGACAACACUUAAUUUACAAAAAUAACCAUUCAAAGCGUUUGUAGCUUUUUUUUUUUCUCUCUUGUGCUGGCAUCCGAACUGUUUAGCGGAGAGCGAGCAGGGAAAGCCGCACGCAACAGGUGCGUUUGUUUACAAACAAGUGCUUUUUCUUUGCUCCAGGUUUGCUUUUCGUUCCUUUUGCUCUGCUCUUCUUUCGCGCGCGCUCUUUCGCUCCGUGUAUGCGCGCUGUGCCCCUUCGGCUGUGUGCGUGCAGUCGUGCGUCGAUCGAACUGUCAGGUCGGUCGUUAUGGCAACCUGCGCAACCAACCAACCAACACAAAAACAGGUCGUCGCAAACAACGGGGCUUUCUUUCACGGUUUUGGUCGGUUCGCUGCCGUCGGCGGCUGCUUUUGGAGGGUUAAAAUUGUGAAGUAAAAGGAAUAAAAUCCGUGAAAAAAGUGAUUUGCCUGUUUGCGAGUGGCUUCGCCACCGAUUGGUUAAGAUUUGUAAGUGCAAGAACAUUGGCAAAAUGUUUAUUUAUCUGAGCAAAAAGAUUGCAAUCCCGAACAACACGCGGUUGAACUGUAUCGCUUGGAACAAGGACCAGGGGUACGUGGCGGUCGGCGGCGAGGAUGGGCUGCUGAAGGUGCUGAAGCUGGAGCAGGCCAGCAGUACGGCGGUGUCGGCCCAGCCGGGCAAAGCGCUGCAGGCGAGCAACCUGUCCAUGAACCAAACGCUGGAGGGCCACAAAUCGGCCAUCCAGGUGGUAACGUGGAACGAGUCGCAGCAGAAGCUCACCUCCUCCGACAAGGAUGGCGUCAUCAUGGUGUGGAUGCUGUACAAGGGCUCCUGGUACGAGGAGAUGACGAACGAUCGGAAGAAGAGCACCGUCAGGGGGAUGGCGUGGACGGGCGAUGGGCAGAAGAUCUGCAUCGUGUACGAGGACGGCACGGUCAUCGUUGGCUCGGUCGACGGCAACCGCAUCUGGGGCAAGGAGCUGAAGAGCGUAUCGCUGACCGGGGUGCAGUGGAGCCCGGACGGGCGGCUGCUGCUGUUCAGCAUCAAGAACGGCGAGGUGCACCUGUACGACAACCAGGGCAUCUUCGUGAUGAAGCUGCACGUGCAGUGCGUGUAUCUGACGCCGGCCAAAAGUGUGACGGUGGUGGGGCUGUGCUGGUUCCACCGGGGCACCUCGCCGAGCCGGCCUGUGCUGGCGAUAUGCUACGAGAACGGGCGCAUGCAGCUGAUGCGCAACGAGAACGACGAUGCGCCGGUGGUGGUGGACACGGGCCUGCAGGCGAUCUCGUGCAUGUGGAACCACGACGGUACGAUACUGGCCGUGUGCGGCAUGAAGACGAACCUGGCCAGCGAUAAGGAUAGCAGCCAGGUGAUGUUCUACACGCCGUACGGUGUGCACAUUCGGACGCUGAAAAUUCCGGGCAAAGAAAUCACCUCCCUCUCCUGGGAGGGCAAAUCGCUGCGCAUCGCGCUGUCGGUGGAUUCGUUCAUCUACUUCGCGAACAUCCGGCCGGACUACAAUUGGUGCUACUUCAACCGUACCGUUUGCUACCAGGAAGCGAUAGCGAUCGGCGGCGGCGGUGGCGACGAGGUCGACACGGUUACCUUUUGGGACACCAACUCGAACCAGUGCUACGCGAAGCAGAUCGAUGCACUGAUGUCGAUGGCGGCGUCGGUGGACCACUGCGUGCUGGCGGUGGAAACGCGCAUGACCGGGAAGGAGUUUAGCAUUGUGGCUGAAGGCAAGGGCAAGGAGCUGAUGUACCAGCUGCUGGUGUGCAACUCGAUCAGCACGACGGUGGAUUCGAAAUAUAUCGACAUACGGCCCGAAUUUAUAACGAUGAACUCAUCGCACGUGAUUGUGGCCUCGAAGGAUCAUUUUCUGCUCUGGCAUUAUCAUACACCAAAGGGUGCCUCAACGCUGCACGCUAACCUGAAGCUGAAGCGCGACCGAAAAUACCACAUCGACGAUACGCCCGCCCUGGAGGUGCUGAACGAUCUCGACGCCAAAACGGCGAACGAAAUCCCGCCCAAGCUCGACCCGAGCCAGGAUCCGAUCUGUUGCGUCGCCUGCUCGGAGAAUCUGCUGCUCGUUGGGCGCGAAAGUGGUCUUAUCCACGAGUACACGCUGCCCCACCUCGUGCUGCGCAAUCGGCACUACCUGCAGGCACGCAGCUACAAGCUGGCGAUCAACAGCAACUCGACCCGUGCCGCAAUGAUCGAUUGCAACGGCGUGCUCACGACGCUAACGCUGCGCGACGAUACGAGCGAGUCGGAACCGGCCUCCUCGACCGCGCACAUCGAGCGGAAGGACGUGUGGGCAAUCUGCUGGGCCCGGGACAACCCGCAGCUGCUGGCGAUCAUGGAGAAGACGCGCAUGUACAUACUGCGCGGUGCCGACCCGGAGGAACCGAUCACCUGCUCCGGCUACAUCUGUAACUUCGAGGAGCUCGAGAUAACGGGCGUCCUGCUGGACGACAUUGUGAAGGGUGGCGCGACACCGAACGUGAAGGAGCAUCUGCUGCAGCUGCGGGUGAAGUCGCUCCGCGACACCGAGGACCUGCUGGCGCACGUCGGCAUCGCCGAGGCGAAACAAUUCAUCGAGGACAAUGCGCACCCGCGGCUGUGGCGGCUGCUGGCCGAAGCGUCGCUCAAAAAGCUCGAUCUCGAGACGGCCGAGGCGGCGUUCGUCCGGUGCAGCAACUAUCCCGGCCUGCAGCUGAUCAAGCGGCUGAAAACGAUCCAGCUCGAGGCGCUGCAGCGGGCCGAGAUAGCCGCUUUCUUCGGCGAGUUUGACGAGGCGGAAAAGCUGUACAUGGACGUGGACCGGCGGGACUGCGCGAUACGGCUGCGCCAGACGCUGUGCGAUUGGUUUCGCACGGUGCAGCUGUACCGGCUCGGGCCCGGCAUCUCGGACCAGCAGAUGGAGAGCGCGUGGUGCGAGAUCGGCCACCACUACAUGAGCAUGCGGGCGUGGGACAGCGCGAAGGAGUACUACGAGCGGGCGCACCACACGGAGGGCCUGAUGGAUGCGCUGUACGCGCUCGAGCAGUACGACGAGCUGGUCGGGUGCAUGCACCGGCUGCCGGAGAAGAGCCCGCAGCUGGCGAAGCUCGGCCAGCAGCUCGCGACGGUCGGGAUGUGCGAGCAGUCGGUGGCCGCCUACCUGAAGCUCGGCGAUGUGAAGUCGGCCGUGUCGACGUGCAUCGCCCUACGCCAGUGGGGUCUCGCGGUCGAGCUGGCCCAGAAGUACCGGAUGCCGCAGAUCAACACGCUGCUCAGCAAGCACGCGGCACAGCUGCUGCAGGAGGGCAAGCUGCCGGAAGCGAUCGAGCUGCAGCGCAAGGCGGGCCGGUACCUGGACGCGGCCCGGCUGCUGGUGAAGAUGGCCGAGGCAGAGGCGGACAAGCGUUCGGACUACGUGCGCAUUAAGCAGCUGUACGUGCUGUCCGGGCUGCUGGCGGAGGAACACAUCGAGAAGCAGCUGGCGGUGCAGGCGGCCGGCAGUAGAGCGGUCGUGCUCGCGCAGCUCAGCCCCGAAGAUGCCGUGCUGAUCGAGCAGAUCUGGCACCAGGCGGAGGCGUACCACUACAUGCUGCUGGCACAGCGCCAGCUAAGGUCGGGCCUGCUGCACAGUGCCGUGGUGACGGCGCUCCGGCUGCGCGACUACGAGGACGUGCUGGAGGUGGAGGCGCUGUACGCGCUGCUCGCCCUCGCCAGCUGUGCCGACCGGUCGUUCGGCACCUGCUCGAAAGCAUUCAUCAAGCUGGAAUCGCUCGAAACGCUCUCGGAGGCACGCCGGCAGCAGUACGAGGAGCUGGCGAUCGAAAUCUUCUCCCGGUACGACCCGCUGGACGGGAAGGCGAAGCACAUCAGCUGCUUCACCUGCGAGACACCGGUCGCCGACUGCAGCACGCUCUGCCCGAGCUGCGGCAGCCGGUUCCCGCCGUGCGUGGCGUCCGGCCAGCCACUGACCAAUCCGACCGGGGCGUGGCAGUGCACCGGGUGCUACCAUCUGGCCAGCCCGCUCGAGAUCGGUACCCGCAAGACCUGCCCGCUCUGUCAUCGUGUCAUAGCACCGGCAAAGGGCGCUAUCGAGAUCUAAGAAGCAUCUAGCAGUGUGGUUGUGUCUGAGAUCUUUCGGUGUGUAUUUGGUAGAUCCAGGCGUCCGGGAAAUGCACAGACCCAAACCCUACUCCCCGCACAGCUGUAACACCGUGUGAAACAGAAACAAAUAGAUCAUAUCAUGAUGUACCGAUUCACGUA